UGGAUGUGCGCCACUGUAUUAUAAUUAAUUUUUUUAUAUAAUUGAUUUGAGAUUCGGCAACCCUAUUUAUCGGUCAAUUCCCUUCAUUUUAAUUAUUUGUAUUUUUAAUGUGUUUAUUUUAUAAAUAGUUUGACGAAAAGUUUUCAUAUAUACAAAGAAUGUAUACUUAUCAAAGCGACGAUGCGUAAAUAUCACCAGCUUUUGUUAGUUAUAAUUUCUUGUAUAAGCAUAAUUGUCUUGCUUACAUACAAGAGUGAAAAUUCACGUUUAAAAGAUGUUCUAAGUGCAGUGCACUUCUUUAGUCGCAAAGACGCCGAUGAAUUGCGGUUAUUGAAUAACUUGACUUCAGCAGAGGAAGACAUCAUUGACUUUAAUCGACCAUUGCCAGUUUGGCAGCUGGUGGGAGACUCGUUUCAUGCAUACGCCUCUUACUAUCAACGCAAUGAACUUAUGUCUUCCGGUGGUGAAGUUUUAACGCUUGUAACCGGUAAGACAGGGGCAGUAGUAAAUUUUCGCUGUAAAGCACACUACGACGAUGGACGCGAUAUUCAAGGCAAAUUUCGAUUUCAACACUUGAAUCAAGAAGAUAAAACCGAUGCAUUUAUAAAUUAUUUAUUUUAUUGCCGUCUUAAAAAUGACUUAGGAGAACCAAAUAGCAUUGUUUAUACCGAUCUGUCCGGUGAUGGCAGUAAUGCGAAUCACAGGUUACGUUUACGUUUUGUAAAAAAUGCAAAGGGAAGUAAUGUACCACCAACACAGUUGGCUAUUUGUCUGGAUUUGGUCUCAUUUAAUAUGAGCAGUAGUUUCGGCAAAAGUUAUUCUAAAUUAUUAGAAUUCUUUAUACAUCAUUAUGUUGUUGGCAUCAACCAGUUCAUCGUUUACAACGGUGAUGAACUGGCCGAAAUACUUCUACAAAAGCUAAUGAAACAUAAAAAUAUUCAUCUACAAUCGUUGCCUUUCAAUUUCCCAUUUGCAAACAACAAAAAUAAUACACAUAAUUUGCGUGAACUCAUUAAAACAGAUUGCUUACUGCGUAGCAUGCAUAAAGCAAAAUAUGCUACUUUGCUAGAACCAAACGAAUUUUUCUUUCCCAAUGCCAAACUAAGUGACGACAAUUCAGUACUAUAUUCAUUGAAUUCAUAUAGUAUCUCAGAGACUAUAUAUGAGUUACAAACUUACUCGGUUUGUAUUGAUGAAAAGAAUGAAUUACUCUCAAAUAAUAGCUUUUAUGACCCAGAAGUGGUGCAGCCACACAAGAUUAAUAUUUUCAGACCUGUGAUUCCUACGUCAACGUCAGCUAUAAGUAGUACUACUAAUUUAGCUCCGUCAUUAGCAUUUGCUCAUAGAUACACCGACUGCGUACAUGUGGGAAAUGAUGGCCUGCACAUGUUUCAAAACUUGCUGCGCCAAGAUUUCAUGAAUAAUUUGAUUGAAAUUAGAGAAGAAGUACGAAAGUUAAUGUAUAAUUAAGCUAACGAUAAAAAUUCAUGAAUUUAGACAUAGUCAAUUUGGGCUGCAUUAAGAACGAUUAGCUACAUUGAGCAUACGAUUAUUUUUAGUAAUAUACAUUAAUGAAACUUAUUACGAGAGCAAUGUUAUUUAUCGAAUAAAUACUCAUAAACACAUCUA